AUGGUGCGGACUAAAGCUGACCGUGUCCCUGCAACUUACAGGAAAGCCGUGGCAGCUACAGCGCCCCGGAAGUCUCUGGGCUCCAGCGCGGGAAACUCCGCCUCCUCUUCGUCCUCCGGUCAAGCUUCUACUCCUUCCAAGAACAAGUACGCGGGAGGGAACCCCGUGUGCGUUCGGCCCACCCCCACUUGGCAGAAAGGCAUCGGCGACUUCUUCGGCGGUCCCGGAAGAAUACCCGAAAAAGAAAACCAGAAGCCCAGCCAACACGAUGAUGACGAAGGCCGUGAGGAAGCUGGCGACAAAGAGGCGGCCGGGGGUAGCGGCGUGUCCGCGACCGCCAAAAAGUCCAGGCCACUGCCAGCUUAUGACGACGAAGACGAAUGA